CGGGCAGCGCGUGGCAUGGAGCUCCCUGAGGUGGAGGACAACGCGGAGUUCCUGGAGCGGCUGAUGGAGGUGACCUCGCGCAGCCUGCCCCAGCUGGAGCUGCAGGAGCAAUACACCAUCAUCAAGGAGCUGGGCAGCGGCACCUACGGCAACGUGCUGCUGGCAGAGCACCGCGAGCGAGGCACGGCCCUGGCGUUGAAGCUGAUGCCGAAGGAGAGGACGGAGCGGCGGGCAUUCCUGCGGGAGUACUGCAUUGCGCUCUGCCUGUCUGCCCACGCCGGUUUCCUGCGCACUCUGCCCAUAGCCUUCGAGAGCCCCACCCACUUUGCCUUUGCCCAGGAACUAGCGCCCGCUGGGGACCUGUGUGCCAUCGUGCAUGACGGGGAGGGUCUCCCAGAGGCCCAGGUGAAGCGCUGCGCGGCCCAGCUGGCUGAGGCCCUGGAUUUCAUGCACGGCAAAGCCCUGGUGCACCGGGACAUCAAGCUGGACAACGUGCUGCUCUUCGACUGCGAGUGCCGGCGGGUGAAGCUGGGCGACUUCGGGCUGACGCGGCUGGAGGGCACGCCCGUCUGCGCCAUGUCGGGCACUCUGCCCUACGCGCCGCCCGAGCUCUGCCUGCUCGAGGCCUCGGAGACGCUGGAGCUGGACGCCAGCCUGGACGUGUGGGCCUUUGGGGUGCUGCUCUUCUGCCUCGGCACCGGCUGCUUCCCCUGGGACGUGGCUGUCAGCCCCGACCCCCAGUUUGAGGAGUUCGGCGCCUGGCAGAACAGCACGGUGCCAGGGGAGGCGCCGGCGCCCUGGAGGGCUUUCGGCACCGCCGCCCAGGAGAUGUUCCGGCGGCUGCUGACCCUCGACCCCAACCGCCGCAGCCCAGCCAUCGAGGUGCACAAGUACCUGCCCCUGGUCUGGCUGGUGAGCAGCCUCCGGGAGCUGGACGGUGCCGGGGGACUGGGGGGCCAGGGGCACAGCCAGAGCCUGGCCGGAGAGCAGCACGGUCAGGAACAGCCCCGAAGCAGCCCAGGUGCUGCCUGCGGCACAGGCCCCCCCACCGAGAGCUCUGCCCAGCCUGGGGGGGGCAGGCCCCAGUCCAAAUUGGGGAAAGAGGUGGGGGGAAGGGAGGAAGGAGCAGAGGGAAAGGGAGGAGGCACUGGCAGGAGCGGAGGGGGAGGGGAGCCAGCACCCCCUGCCAUAGCUUCCAUCCCCUGCCACCCCUCUGUCUCCUUGGCCCCCAUCCCGAUCAGUUCCUGCUGA